AUGGUGCAAAUAAAACUCGCCAUUUUGAAAACGGUUUGCAAAGUGCUGUGUUUGUGUUUAAUUUUAAUAAUAUCAUUCCAUGGAAUUGCACAACAAGUAUCGGCCAUUUGUCCCACCGUUGCCUCUUGUGACGAAGGCACCAUGCCCUACCGGAGUAUGGACGGGUCGUGCAAUAGUCUGUACAACCCGCUGUACGGCACUCCCUACCGACCGUACCGACGACUGCUACCGGCCAAGUACGCCGACGGAGUGUCCGAGCCGGCUCGUGCCACCUCGGGGAAACCGAUGCCGAACGCGCGCCAUCUCUCGAUGGCCCUUUUUGGGGAGACAGAAGGGCAGGACCGGCGCAGCACCAUCAUUAACAUGCAGUUUGGUCAGCUGGUUGCACACGAUCUCAGCUUCACGGCGGAUGUAUUUGGUGUAAAAUGUUGUCAAAACGGGAAAAAGUUACCUUUCAAUAAGCUCCCACCACGCUGUCUUCCGCUGGACGUUCCUUCGGACGAUCCGAUUCUACCUCCAGGUGGAGUGGAGUGCAUGAGUAUGCUCCGCACAAAAACGACGCUGGAGCACGAAUGUGCUACAAACUACGGCGUCGCGGAGCAACUCUCGUCCGUGACCGCUUUCCUCGAUCUUUCUAUCGUAUACGGCAACUCGAUGGAACAAACGGCUACUUUGCGGGAACAUCAGGCCGGUCGUAUGACUGUAGAGCAUCGGCAUGGACAGGAUUGGCCACCGGCCAAUCCGAGAGCGUCCCACCUCUGCCAGAUGGAGCUCGAGACAGACGUGUGCUACCUGACCGGGGAUCUGCGAUCCAACCAAAGUCCGCACCUGGCGCUGCUGCAGAUAGUGCACCUGCUCGAGCACAACCGGGUGGCCGGAGAGCUGUCCCGGAUGAAUCCCUGCUGGGACGACGAGCGACUGUUUCAGGAGGCGCGCCGGAUCAAUAUUGCCAAGUAUCAGGCCGUGGUGUUUAACGACUGGCUACCGAUCUACCUUGGCCGUCAGAAUAUGCUCGAUCGUGGGUUGCUGCACCAGAACGCCAACGGGGACUGGAUCGCUGACUAUGAUCUGCUGGGAGAUCCUACGGUGAGCAACGAGUUUGGAACAGCCGCCUUUCGGUACUUUCACAACAUGAUCGUCGGACAUUUGGAGUUGAGUCAUGAUCUUGUAACGUCACCAAAUAAGGAUACGAGUGGUAAAAUUCGACUCUCAGAUUGGCUACGGCGUCCUUCGGUGCUGGAGGUGCACAAUAAUCGCGAACUGCUGACGCGGGGCAUGGUCACCCAGCCACACGACGCCGCCAACGAGCACCUCACGCCCGAAGCGAAGCACUACCUCUUCCGAAAUGCGAACCCGUACGGUGUCGACCUGAAAGCGAUCGAUAUCCACCGGGCGCGCGACCAUGGUCUGGCCGGCUACAACGACUACCGUGAGUUCUGCGGACUCCAGCGUGCGUCCAACUGGAGCGACUUGAAGGAUACGAUUCCGGCGGCCACGGUGCACCGGCUGGACGAGUGGUACGAGUCGGUGGACGACGUCGAGCUGGUUGUGGCCGGUUCGCUCGAACGACACGCUCCGGGCGCCACGGUCGGUCCAACGUUUCUCUGCAUCCUGCUCGAGCAGUUUCGGCGGACGCGUACCGGCGACCGGUUUUUCUUCGAAAACGGACACCCGGGCGGACCGUUCGGGGUGACGCAGUUGCAGGAACUACGGAAGGCGACGGUCGCGCGCCUUCUAUGCGAUAAUACCGAGGGGCUUAUGCAGAUGCAGCGCAAUGCAUUCUUCCUGGCCGCGGACGAUUCGAAUCCCGUCGUACCGUGCUCGGAGCUGGCCGAGGUGAGCCUUGAACCGUGGCGAGAACGGACCGCCUAG